AUGGCCAUCGCAACUGCGCUAAGUGCUCUGCAAGGCCGAGUUAUCCAGUAUCCCUGGCAGUCUCUUGGCGUUACUGCGCUGAUUAUCCCGUUCCUCUAUGUCAUUCUUAACGAAUUCAUCCGCUCGUCGGCCCGUGUCAAGGGCCUUUCAGGGCCGACUGGCCUUCCUCUGAUCGGAAAUUUGGCCCAGAUCCGAGUCAACGCAGCUGAACAGUAUCGGACAUGGUCAAGAAAAUUUGGCGCUGUGUACCAGAUCCAGCUAGGCAACAUUCCUGUGGUGGUGGUCAAUUCAGCUGCAUCGGCGAAAGUGCUUUUUGGUCAAAAUGCCCAAGCCCUAAGUUCGCGACCAGAGUUUUAUACAUUCCAUAAGAUCGUUUCCAACACGGCUGGCACAACUAUUGGAACCUCCCCCUACAGCGAUUCACUCAAGCGACGCCGGAAGGGUGCUGCGUCAGCUCUGAAUCGUCCAUCCGUUGAAACAUAUGUGUCCCAUCUUGAUAUCGAGUCGAAAGCCUUUGUUGAGGAGCUAUAUCGGUAUGGAAAUGGCGGAAAGUCUCCUGUGGACCCGAUGCCAAUGAUCCAACGCCUGAGCUUGAGUCUGGCAUUGACCUUGAACUGGGGUGUUCGUAUUGCAUCACAGGAAGAGGAUUUAUUUGACGAGAUCACGCAUGUCGAAGAGGAGAUUAGCAAAUUUCGAAGCACGACCGGCAAUUUGCAGGACUAUAUUCCUCUCCUGCGGUUGAAUCCAUUCAGUACCAACUCUAAGAAAGCAGCCGAGAUGCGAAAGCGCCGUGACAAGUAUCUGGGUGCACUCAACAAGGAUCUCGAUGAUCGCAUGGAGAAGGGUACCCACAAGCCAUGUAUCCAAGCCAAUGUCAUUUUGGACAAAGAGGCCAAGCUCAACAACGAGGAACUUACCUCGAUCAGCCUGACCAUGCUUUCAGGGGGCCUUGAUACAGUUACCACGUUAGUCGCGUGGAGUAUUGGUCUUCUAUCUCAACGUCAGGAUGUGCAGGAUAAAGCUGCCAAGGCUAUCCAAGAGAUGUACGGACAGAACGAGCCUAUGUGCUCAGCCGAAGACGACCAAAAAUGUGCAUAUGUUGUCGCCUUGGUGAAGGAGUGUCUCCGCUAUUUUACUGUUCUUCGCCUGGCGCUGCCUCGCACUUCAAUUAGGGACAUCACUUACGAAAACAAUGUGAUCCCGAAAGGCACAGUAUUCUUCUUAAAUGCUUGGGCUUGCAACAUGGAUCCGGAUGUAUGGACCGAUCCAGAUGUAUUCCGACCGGAGCGAUGGCUUGAACAACCAGAUGCUCCUCUUUUCACAUACGGCAUGGGUUAUCGGAUGUGUGCGGGCUCACUGCUGGCCAAUCGCGAGCUCUACCUGGUCUUCAUGCGGACACUCAAUAGCUUCCGCAUCGAGCCUCAUGACGAUAUCGAUUGGCACCCGGUCCAUGGCAAUUCAGACCCUGCGAGCCUAGUUGCGAUCCCACAAAAGUAUAAAGUCCGCUUUAUCCCCAAAAACGCAACCGCCUUAAAGAAAGUUAUUGCGGAACCUUGA